GGCAAGGAGAAACCUUGCCACGCCCUGCCAUUCGUGUAGAGUGAAGCGCGGCAGUGAGCGAGGAAAAAAAAGGAUCGCGAGGCAAAUUUGAAAGCAGCAAAAUACAAUUACUCUUGAAAAAUCAUCGGUCUCUCUUCUCCCCGCUAGUCUUCUUCGGCCAUCGAUCGGUUUGUUCUCUUCUCGCGCUAGUCUUCUCCGGCCAUCAUCCUUCACCUGCAACCCUCAGGUAUAAAUGGAGAAUGAUGGUAGAAGCUUCACUGAAUUAUUGCUCCAGGGAGAGAUUACAAACAGAAUCACAGACAUUGAUUCUAUUGCUCGUAAUCUACAACGACCAAUGGGAAGGAAAGCUGCAAAGAGGCUUAGAAAUGGACAAGGAGAGAACAAUAUGCCACCCCCUCAUGUAGUUGCUCUUACAGAUGCAGUACAACGCAUUGCAGCGGUUCGGGAGAGGGAGGCAGAGCAACGCAUUUUGGCAGAGCAAGCUCGUAUGUAUGCAGAGGAAGCUCGUGCUCGUGCGGACGAAGAUAGGCUGAUGAUGAUAGAUACAUCUAUCAUCUCAGAUCCCAUUCGACGUCGAUACUUUGAAGAUAGGAUUGCAGAGGUUAUGAGAAAGAGGGGAUACAAUUAAUUUGAAUUCUACAUUUGUAAUCUCAAUUUUGUUCAGACAUUUGUGUUAUUGUGACUUUUAUUUGUUAAAGAAUUUUAUUCAUGAAUUGCAUGUUUUUUU